AUUUAGUUUGUCCCUGUCUCUGGCCCACACUCCAGUACAGUAGGUGGCGGUAAUGCAUCAUAACGUUGGAUGCCAACCGCCGAUAAACCCCACCGAAGAAGAAGUUGUAGCUAGCUGCUGAAAUCAAGCAGGACGUGGAAUAAGAAGAUGGAGGCAGAUUCGUCUCUCCUGAGCUCGGAAAUGGAACUGCAGCAGCAAGAGGAGCUCUACCAACAGUUUUUAAUGCAGACAAUGGGAAAAAUGCAAAGUGAAAAUCCUCGUGAUUCUAGAGUAAUCCGGCCACAGCCUGGUCUGUGUGUGAAGACUUUCACCCUGCCUGAUAAACUGAAGGUAUUUGUCAACAUCUGCCAGUCUGCUGCCGUCCCGCCCCCACCCCCCCUCUCCAGGGAGGCACUAGUGGAGCUCCUAGAAUCAGAAGACCCCACAGGAUACAGAGUGCCCAUGAGCAUCGGAGAGGCCCACACAGAGGUGGACAACAACUCCCAAGGCUGCACAGCCUACGACGUGGUCAUCAGUGAAGAGUUCUUCCAGAAAUGCCAGAAGGAUCCUCUAUUCCAGCAGUUUCUGAUCGCUGUGUCAUUGGAGGGGCUGGAGAACAAAUACAACCUGGAGCUCAGCCGAGACUGGAAGGUUCUGAAGAACAGGAAGUUUCUGGGCUCUGUGAACGAACAAAAUAUCCGUACUAAAAGCAAACCUGUGAUUCAGGAAAUAGAACCCAAGGAUACUCGCACAGCGCCAGAACCAGCCAAACGGCCAGAGUUCUGUCUGCUGGUGGAGCCCCCUGUAGGUGAUCCAGAGUUUCUGAUAGCCGAGAUACAGCUGCCUGGAGUGGCCUCCUCUCUCUCCCUCGUUCUGGACCUUGGGGAGGACAGGCUUGUCCUGAAUGCCCGGCCCUCCCUCUUUCAUCUGGACUGUUUCAUUCCCUUCUUCAUUGACCAGGAGGGCAGCGUAGCACAGUACAACACCAACACACAGAUUCUCACGGUGACAAUGCCAGUGGUGUCUUCAUGAAGAAGCUGAAUGUCAGAUAUCUGUCCGUCUUUGUUGUAUAUGAAAAUAAAACUGUUAUUUUUAA